GCAAAAUCUCACAGAGGGGGUGGGCAGAUCUGGGCCGUCUGAUCAGGAAUAACGAACGAUCCUCUCAAGAUUACACGUGAUUUAAGUUCUCUCAAAACUUGGGUCUGAUCUGCUGGGCUCUGCUCUUUCUCUCUCUCUCAACUGGGAUCAUCAAAAUCUUGCUCUGGGUGUUCCCAAGAUUUGAGCUUUUUUGUUUCUCCCAAUUCCCCCGUGGGAUUUCCCAAACUGUUUUUGCUAAAACUUUGCAAUUUUUUUGGUUUCUGAAUCCGGGUUUUUAGUUGGGGAGAUGAAAUUUGGUGGGAUGGAAGAAGAUCAUCAAGAGCUGAUGAAGUUUGUGUGCAAGCAGUGCUACAAGAGGUACCCUUGUGGGAAGUCUUUAGGGGGGCAUAUGAGGUCUCAUGUGGUGGCAAAUUCAGCUGAAAUGGUGGAGGGUGGGGGUGGGGGUGGGGACCCCACAGCCAUGAAAAGGGAUCAUCAACAAAGAUUUGAGCAUGGAGGAGGGUAUUCUACCUAUGGUCUAAGAGAGAAUCCCAAGAAAACUUGGAGGGCUGUGGACUCAACUUCCCCUUUGCCCCAAGAAAAGGCCUGCAAGCAAUGUGGAAAGGUGUUUCAGUCUCUGAAAGCCCUGUGUGGCCACAUGGCUUGCCACUCUGACAAGGAGAGGGGGGGUGGGGUCAAGGAUGAUCAGUCUUGGUCCAGUGAGAGCAAAAAACUGGAAGAAGAAGAUGAAGAAGAAGAAGAAGUUGAUGAUGAUGAUGAUUCUGAUGAUAGUGAUGAUGAUGAUGAUUCUGAUUCUGAAGCUGAGGAGGAUCAGAUCCCAACCACCACAACAAGGGACAGAUCCCAAUCCACACAUCAUCCUAAGAGGUACAAGAAACUUGUUGUCAAGUCUUAUUCCUUAUCCUUAACUAACAACAAUAGUAUUGGCUCCUCAUCUGUGUCUGAGAUUGAUGAGCAAGAGCAAGAGGAAGUAGCCAAGUGUCUAAUGAUGUUGUCUAAGGAUUCUGGGAACUGGUAUGGUUCAGUUGUGGAGUUUUCUGACAAUAACUCUGUUGUUCUAGAGACCAAAUCCUCAUCCAUUGACAUGAAAACUUCUAUAAGGUCUAAUAAGGGUAAUGGUAAUGGUAAUGGGACUGUCUAUAAGGUCUGCAAUAAUAGAGACAAUGAAACUCAGAACCCCCCAGCCAAGAAAAUGGGAGAUAGGAAAGUGAUGAAAUCUAGCAUUGUGCAUACUGAGAUGGCAGAAUCCCAGAGCUCUGAUUCUGGGUAUUUCUUAGGGGAAAACAAGGUUGAAUCAGAUGUUUCUGUGAACGGGUUCCUCGCGAAAUGUAAAGUGUUGAACAGAGUAAAAGGCUAUGUGAGGGGGGGAGUGGAGAAGGAGUAUGAGAAUUAUGAUGAAUUUGGAGUGGCAUCAAAUUCUGGGAAGCAAAAGAGGGCAACAAAUGACACUUCUUAUGAUCCAGAAAUGGAGACUGGAUCUUAUAAUAAGAAGAUGAAGGCUGCUUCUGCUUCUUCUCCUGCUAAGAAGAAGUAUGAGUGUUUGAAUUGUAAGAAGAGUUUUAACUCUUAUCAGGCUCUUGGUGGGCACAGGCCUUGCCAUAAAAAGACGAAUCCCGAUAUGGAGUCGGGGUAUGGGACUGGUGAGAAUAGCUUAGAGGCCGAUGAAACGUAUAAUCACGGGAAUGGUGGGAGGAUUAGGGAUUGUUUCGGGAGCAAAAAGGCGGGGGGGAAGGACACGACAGAGAAGAAGGCUAGGCCGAAGAAAGGGAAGGGACAUGAAUGCCCUUUCUGUCAUAGGAUGUUUAAGUCUGGGCAGGCUUUAGGAGGGCAUAAAAGGUCACAUUUCAUUGGGGGUGCUCAGGUCAUCAAUGGCACCCAAACUCCAGCUGCUGCCGCCAAGGAAGAAGCGGCCGAUUUGCUCGAUCUCAAUCUUCCCGCCCCCGUUGAGGACGAAGAUGAUGAGCAGUUGAUGGCUUGGUAGUAGGAUUGCUAAUAAGAAAAAAGAACAAAAAAGAUGGUUACUUUGCUGUUGGGACAAUUUCCAAUUGAAUAAUUCUUGAUCUCAUGCUGGGAUGCAUGCAAAUUUUUGCCUCAAAAUCAAAGAUUUUCAACAAACCACCCUGCAUUCUUGCAGUGUUUAUGAUGAUGAUGAUGAUGAUGAUGAUGUGCAAAUGGCUCUUAAUCAAAAGAUUUUUCCCAUCACCCAUUUCUGCAUACUCCAAGAAUGCCUCAGUUUUUACUGUUUUCAUCCAUUUGGUUAUCUGCAGAUAAUAACAUUUUGUCCAAGCUACUGGCUUUUCUUGUAUAGAC